AUUUUGACAAAUAGAUCAUAAAUUAUAACAAAAACCACAGACAAAUUUUGACAGAGGUUGGGAAAUUAAAAAAAAACAAAUUCAUUUGGUUUGAAGAUGUUUGUUAAACAAUAAAUGCUUCCGUCACCUAAUAAGUACACUUGCAACCUUAUAUAAAUUCACAAUGAAAAUGUAGAUAUAAAAAAUAAUCAUUGAUACGACCAAGUUCACCUCAAGAAUUCGCCUUGCUCAGCCUGUUACAAAAGUGCACAACAAUCAACAAUAAAUAUAUAAAGUUUGUGCAAUCAAUAAGUACUACACUAUUUUUGUUUUUUUUUUUUUUUUGUGGUAUAUGUUUACUUUCGCAUUGUUGAUAUUAAAAUGUGAUUUAGUGUUAAAAAAAGUUAAACUGAAAUAAAACUGUGUGCCUUAUAUUGAAAAUUUAUACGCUAAAAAAUAAAGUUUAUUUUCUAACAUAAACAAACACUUUAAAAAAGAUGACAAAAUAAAAUUGUCCGUUAUACCAUUAAGCAUAAAAAGGCUAUGACAGAAAAAUGGUUAUUCCCUAUUUAUUUGCUGUAUAACAUUAGUAACACAAGUACCUGAAUAGCUAAAAACAUGGAAGAUACAUUCCGAAUUGAUUUAAUUUUAAAAAAAGUAAUUAAGAUUAAGUUUAUGUAACAUUAAGAUCAUAAACACCAGUAAGUCAGAACAUAUAGUUGAUAAUGUUCAGCUAAAAUAAAAUAAAAACACAAAACAUUUUAAAGACGAACUUUAUUUUAGUAUCAUCUGGUUCCCACAACAAAGUAACACAAUGUAUAACUCGCAUAACUCAUUGAAACAAAUAUCGACGGAAGUUAAAUAUACCGUUGCUGCUUUAAACAUAGAAGAAAAUAAAAAUGCAAAGAUUUGUCAAAAAUUAAAUGCAAAAGUACCUGCGCGAUUAGUUUUAUAUUUUUUGUCAUGGUCAGGAUUCCUUGUAUCGUUUAUGAUGAGAAAUGAUAUGAAUUUUGCACUUGUUGCUAUGACAACGCCAACUACUAAUUCAUCAAGUCAAACGAAUGAAAAUAUAACAUCUCACAACACCUCAGCUGAUAGUAAUGAAACGUGCCAUUUUUCAAGUACGAAACUAUGCAGUUAUUAUGAUUGGUCAUCUCCUAUACAAUCCAUUAUACUGAGCUCGUUUUUCUGGUGUUAUGUGUUAUCACAGGUAGCUGGAGGAAUUGCAACACAGUACUUCGGUACGAAGCGUGUUUUUGGAUGGUCUCAAUUUGCCACUGCAUUGUGUAGUUUAUGUAUGCCAAUAUGUGCCGAUUGGCACUACAUGCUUGUUAUUGCUUUACGGUCUAUACAGGGCUUUGCAUCAGGUCUUACAUGGCCGGCUAUGUAUGCGGUCGUCGGUUACUGGAUUCCGCUGCUUGAACGAUCACGAUUUAUGUCGAGUUUCCAAGGCUUUAGUAUUGGCAUUGGGGUGACAUAUGCAUUGUGUGGAUUUAUUAUAGAAAAGUUCGGCUGGCCGUAUGUGUUUUAUACCACGGGAACACUUGGUAUGAUAUGGUGCCUCUGUUGGUAUUUUCUAGCGUAUAAUACUCCCCAAGAACAUCCCAGAAUUUCGGAAAAAGAACUAGGAUAUAUUGAAGAUAACAUUAGCAGUGAAGUAAAAGAGGCACUUGGAAUGAAGGUCCCAUGGAAAUCAAUAUUUACCUCAAUGCCAGUUUGGUCUAUUGGUAUAACUACUUUUGGCCGUAUAUGGAUCCAUUAUGUUUUUAUUAUAUAUGGACCAAAAUUUAUGCAAAAUAUUCUAAAGUUUCCGUACAAAGAAAAUGGCUUUCUUUCAGGUAUGCCAUUCAUUUGUUCCUAUAUAGCGUCAGUGUUUUUCUGUUCCGUAGCUGAUAAAGUGGUGCUUAAAAACUGGAUGUCGUUAACAAAUGUACGAAAACUUUUUACUGCUCUAUCGCAAAUUAUUCCCGGAUUGCUGAUAUUUGCUAUAGGUUAUAUAGAUGACAUAGUUGUUCUUUUAGUCGUUUGGUUUAUAGCUGUUACAUUUAUUACUGCCUCCUAUGCGGGCGCCAUGGCCAGUAUUGUGGAUAUAGCACCGAAUUUAGCUGGUCCGGUUUUAGCUUUUUGUCAAACUAUACAUAUGUCAGCAUCAUUUCUAUCACCACUUAUAAAUGGGAUUAUUUUGGAAGAUGGGGUAUUAAUUAAUCAGUGGCGCAUAGUUUUUGGAUUAUCAUCGAUUAUAACAAUUGCGACUUAUUUCAUUUUCCAAAUUUAUGGUACUGCUGAUAUACAAAAGUGGAACAAUUCAUCAAGUACGUCAACAAGCAAUGAUGAUGGUGAUAAUUCGAUUGACGAAGAACAAAAUCUUAUGCUUAAAAAACCAAAUGAUGACAAAAACAUUCCAAAAACGUAUUAGUAUUUAUUAUUUAAUUACUAAUUUUUUAUUAUUAAUUUGUUAUGGGCAAUUUUGUGUAAAAGAUAAACGGGUUUUUGAGUAAAACAUAUACAAAAAAGGGUAGACAUUUUCGUUUUAUGAAAAGUCGAUAAUAAUUAGUUUUUUUGUUAUUUAUACAAAACGAAAUUUUCUUCCAGAAGUUGAGUUUUUACUACAAGAAAAUCGGUGUGAACUUGUUUCUUAUUUUUUUAACUUUAAACAUUUUAAUUAUGUCUGUUUGCAUGCAAUGUUUUAAAAAUGUUUUGUAAAUUUAAAAUUGAUUAAAAUUAUUUUGGGAGUUUUUAUGUAUUUCAACAAACUGAUUAAUAUUAAACCAAACUACAGCUAUGGUCAGUUUGCGCUCUAUACAUGAUGUCUUUUGAACAUAUGUAUUUCCAGUGAACUUUAAACACACAAAUUACAAAUUACGGUAUACAUUGUUAAUUCUUAAGAGACAAUCUUUAGGUGAACGAUUUGUUUUCUAGUUUCAAAGCUCAAUGAGGUUGUUUAAAGAAAUGCAAAAAAAAAUAUAUAAAAAUUACAUUAAAAUGUUUUUUUAAUUGAUUAGUAUAAAUUAUAAAAACUUCAAAAUACAAUGUUUGCUUUUAAUUUUAGUUUUUGUAAUUUUCCAUAUGAAACAUACAAUUGUCUUCUUUUUUAAAAACACGCACUAUUUAGAUAACAAACAGUGACGUCUUCUGAUGUUUUGUAACACUGCGAGGUUUAAUUUUGUACUCAAAAACAUCAAAAGGGAUUAACAUCACAUAAUUAAUAAUUGUUUGAUUAUUAAAUAUUAAUUGAAAUUUGAUUGCCAACUCAAAAACCCGCUUAAAAUCACACUUUAGAGGUAAAAUAACAAGAAUAUCAAAAUUUAUAAUUUUUGUAACUUUAUUUUCUAGAAAAUAUCACUUAAAAGAGCAUGACAAAGUUUACUUUAGCAUUUAUCGUUUAGAAAGGAUGGCCGUUAAUGUAUACCAAAAAAUACGUAAUUUUUUACAGACAAUGCGUAAUACACAGUUUAACGAAUGCGCUAUAAGUCUUACGAUAUAUUAAUUUUGUACUCUAAAGGGAAACGAAAUAUAAAAGUAAUUCAUAUUUGUAAAUAAGAUCAAUUGAAUUUAUUGUUCUUAUGGAGAGCAUCAAAAAAGAUUAAACAAGUUAAUGUUGUUAAUAAAACAGCAUGUAUCUCUAUAAUUGACAUUUAUACAUAAGGAAAUUAAAACUCCAUUUUGCUCGUUUAAAUUUUGUAUUUUUUUAUUAUUUCAUAGAUAGUGUAUAUGUAUGUUAGACCGACUCCCAAAAAUUGUGCUUGAGUUACCCCCCUCAAAAUAUUUUCUGUUAAGUGCUGUCCAUUUAUGAGCUGGACAUGUUUGAAAAAAAUUUAUUUUUUUGAAAGGGUUUUUGAAGCCAAGUCUAGUGGUAAACAAAAUUUGGAAAAUUGUGCAUUCAUUUUAUUUUUAUUAGUGAAAAACCUAACAAUUUUAAAUACCUUGGAAUAUGAAAACUAUGUGCAAAAGGUUACUUCAUUGGACGUCGCUUCUAAAUCCCUUUUAAACGUUACCCCACAUUGAAUAUUUAGUUUGAAAUCAAAACAACAAUUUACAAAAAAUAGUUCCAAAAUAAUUUUUUUAUUUUGUUCCAGCUCACGAACGGUCAUCGCUAGACUUAAAAUAUUUUGCGAACCAUCAUAAAACAAAGCAAGAUAAAUUUUGUAUAGUAUAUAUUUUUUUGUGCCCAUACCUACAAUUAACAAAUCCGGCUGCUAUUUACACAUGAAGUAUAUUUAACUUUCUAUGAUGUUUAAAACACACACGGGUAUUACAUUAUGAAUAAUUCGGAUGUUUCGAUUAAUCGAAACUUCCUCAUUCAUAGUAAAAUUAUAAAAUUCAAGUUCUACACUAUAUAUUACAAUUAUUUUCUUGUUAUUUUAAUGCUCUGUUUUUCUUUUAGUAAGGAUUUCAUAUAAGAACUAAGAGCUAUCAUAGAGGGUUAUAAACUAUAUUUGUUAUAUAAAAAAUAGUGAAAUUAAUUUAAAACACUCAAUGCAAUGACAUUACUGUUGUGUAUGUAAUAGUAAAUUAACACAUAUGUAUGUGUAUUGAAAAAUUUUAAACAUAUGUAUAUACACUGUAGGAAAUAUAAUUCUGUAUAUAAGAGUAUUAUGGUUAAAAAAUAUUGUUUUGUCAAAAUAGAGAAAUUAUUAUCAAAUAAAUUUUAAAAAACCUUAUUCUAAAAUAUUUGAAUAAAACUGUGUAUGACCAAAAUGUUUAUCUUUGACCCCUAAGUCCGGUAGUUCUUGACCCAUAGAGCUGAAAAUUUGUGUCUGUCCUAUUAUCUACUUGUUCUCACCUAGGUGCAAAUUAUAUUCAAAUAAAUAUUUUGAUUUGGGUCACUAUAUACUAUAUUAAUACAUUUAAGACCAAUAUUAGGAUAAUUUAUUAUCCUAUAUUUUUAUAGUGUAUAUAAACAGUUAACAUUUUGUUUCUUAAAGCUCAGGUUAUAGUAUUUUUAUUAAAUACAGAAGUAACAGUGUUUAAUUAUUGUUUUUGCAGUAAAUUCUAUCACAAAAAUUCAUGCAAAUAAUUUUCAUUAAUAAUUCCAGCCUAAUAGGCUACCAAAAAUUUAUUCGAUCCAAUCAUCUGGUACCCAUGUUAGGGAGUUGUUAUUUUCAAUCAGGGCUAUUAACUUAAUCGUUUUUUAUUACAUAAGUUUCUAUUUACUUAAUUUCAAUAAUGAGUUGUUUUGUUUGCUUAAUUUAUACAAUUUACAUUAUAAGUCAUAAUUUUAAUAACGGAUUUGUAUUUAAUUUUAAAGUAAUAUUAAUAAAAAUUUGUAUGUUUCAUUUUGCAAAUAAAUUAAAGUGCCAACAUUCUAGCACAAAAUAAUUAGUUUA